AUGGCGGCGGGUCCGGGAGCGGCGGGCGCCGCUCGGGUCUCCUCGGGCCGCGACCUGAGCUGCGUGCCGGAGGUGGCGGGAGCGCUGGGAGCCGUGGCCAGGCAGGGGUUCGAUUUCCUGUGCAUCCCGCUGUUCCACCCUCGGCACCGCCGGGAAUUCUCGGCUGCGCCGGCGCGGGACCGGCCCGGGCCCCAGACCCGCUCCGACCUGGUGCUGGCCGGACGAGACUGGAACACCCUGAUCGUGGGGAAGCUCUCGCCCUGGAUCCGCCCGGAUUCGCCGCUGGAACACGUCCGGAAAAACUCCCAAAAAGCCCUGCGUCAGGAGCUGGAUUUCGGCGCUUACCUGGGCCUGGCCGCUCACCUGGUGCCGCUGCGGGGGGGGCACAACCCCAACCUGGCCCGGGGGCUGAGCGCGCACCUGCACAGCGGCCACCACGCCACUCAGUUCUGGGUGCAGGUGCCGCUGGUGGCUCCGGAAGAUUCCCGCGAUGACGUCAUCGGGAACGAGGAGGCGCCGGGGGGAGGGGCCGAGGAGAACACCUGGGAAUGGUGGCACAACUUCCGCACCCUCCUGGAUUACAACAAGAGGCUGGCGCUCGCGCUGGAACUGGGCCCGGAUUUGCCGUCCGGCCCCGCCCUGGCGCGCUGGCUGGGGGAGCCGGUGCGGGCCGUGCUGCUCCCCACCCACCUCUUCCUCACCAACAAGAAAGGAUUCCCAGUGCUGGGCCGGGGCCACCAGCGCCUGCUGGGACAGCUGCUCAAGCUGGACGUGCAGAUCAUCGUGCAGGGAGCCCCCCGGCACGGCGGACGCCCCCUGGCCGCGUACCUGCAGUACCUGGAGCACCUGGGCCAGCACCGGCCCCCGCCCUCGGCCUACGAGCUCUACGCCCGCGGCUACGAGGAUUACCUGCAGAGCCCGCUGCAGCCGCUGAUGGACAACCUGGAAUCCCAAACCUACGAGGUCUUCGAGAAGGAUCCCAUCAAAUACUGCCAGUACCAGCAGGCCAUUUUCAAGUGUCUGCAGGACCGGGUCCCUGAGGGGGAGCGAGAGACGAACGUGCAGGUGGUGAUGGUGCUGGGCGCCGGCCGGGGGCCGCUGGUGGCCGCGGCGCUCAGAGCCGCUCGCCAGGCCGGGGCGCGGCUGCGCCUGUACGCCGUGGAGAAAAACCCCAACGCCGUCGUCAC